CACAUCCACCCACUAUUUACAACAUAACAUGUUUUCUUUCUUUGUUCAGAAAUGCUUUAACAAUGAGCUUGGAGUUUAAAUGUUUAAAUGAUAUGAAGUUUGAGUUUGGGUGAGAUUUAUUGUAGAAUUAAAAUAAUAAAAAAUAGAUUUCCCUGCAAGGUUUGGGCAAAGGAGUCUUGCACAAAGGUUUUUAGAGGCUAAAGACAGUUUUUAAAGCUGAAACCAGAAUCAGACAUGUGCUUCCUCUGCUGUCACACUGAAAUAUGGAACCAAACUGGUUUGACAAGAACAAGUGGAACUGAGAGUCACAAAGUUUCAGAGGGACACAGACUUCUGAAGUGACGUUUCUUUUGCCGGACACUUUGGCCCUUGGUCCUCCGACCGCGCCUUCAAAGGAAGAAUAAAGAACACUGGAAACUGAAGCAGCGCAGUUUUCAACUUAAUGAAAUCUGACUGGAAAAAAGGAAUCUUAACAUCAUAAACAAAAUGAGCUUUUAUGACCAAUCGACAAACGGACACCAUCAGGAGAGUGACGAGGAGCUGAAAACAGCGGACUGGGACGCAAAACACCCUAAAGGCAAAGACUUUCUGAAGCCCAUUGAGCCGGAGAAAAGGUCGAUCAGCCCUCUGAGUCUUCUCAAAGAGGACCUCACCCAGUUUAAAGAAGGAGUUUUGAAAGUAUUCAAGGACAAAGAUGCAAAUUCAAGAGUGAGACAGUCUCAGGAAAAGUCGAAUAACCCACUGGCCAAUCUCAAAGAAGACCUCUCCAAUGUUUUUAAAGUUGGUCUUUCGAAGGAACGGGGCAACAAGGACAAUUCUUCGAAAGCUGAUUCCUCAAGAGCAGAGAAUCCUUUGAAUAAUUUGUUCAGAAGAGAGAAAAACCUUUUAGAGAAGACCCAAAAGCCAAAGGAUGUUAAAGACAUAAAAGAACAAACUAAAGAUUCCAGAGAGAUUUUGUGUAGGCAGAACAAAGGCAAUGCUGAGGGAUCUGACACGAAAAACGUGCUGAGUCAAUCAAAGCACAGCAACCUGGACACUGGCAGUGCGGAGGAGAAAGUCGUGGCAGUCAGAGGUUUGAUUCGAACCCAACAAUGUGAGACGGCAUUAAAUACAGUUUCAGGAGGUAAAGAGGAUGACCCACCUGUAGAAAGUCCUUCUUUAGAGUCUCUGCCCCCCAAGACCACAUUAUUAAGCCUGAUAAAUUUUUCUCAGCAUCAUCCGAGGGAACAAGCAGAAGAAACAGCAGAGCCAGCAGAAGAUCCUUGGUCACUAAAAAACUUUGCCUGCUAUUUGACCCUUGAUCCCAACACAGCCAAUUCAGAACUCUGUCUGACUGAACGCAACAGGAAGGCAACUCGGGUCUGGUUAAACCACCACAAUCUGGAACAUCCGGAGCGAUUUGAACACUGUCCCCAAGUCCUGUGCAGGGAGGGACUGCUGGACAAGGUGUACUGGGAAGUGAUGUGGAAGGGAGGUGCUGACAUUGGCGUCGCCUACAAUAAAAUCUCCAGGAACAGUAACAGGACGAGCUGUCUGCUGGGACACAACCAGUGGUCAUGGAGUCUGGAGUGCUCAGAGGGAAACUACACACCGUGCCACAACAAGAAGAGGUUUGCGUCUUCUUCACCCGAUCCUUUUAGCCACAGGGUCGGGAUUUACCUCAAUUGGCCUGCCGGAUCUUUAUCAUUCUACUCUGUCUCUCAAGAAGCCAUGGUCCACCUCUACACCUUCACUUCUACUUUUACUGAGCCUCUUUACCCGGGAUUCUGGGUGUGGUCCUCUGAUGGUUUUGUGUCGUUGUGCCAGGUAGAGAUGGACUGGGAGAGACUGCUGCAGUGACCACCUGACCCCCAGUUUCUUGUUUGUAUGCCUCUUUACAAAAAAUGUUCCUACUCAGACAAAUCCGAAAAAGUUGGGUAAACUCGUGGAAUUUUCCAAACUCUGCAGUCUCUAUCAUAAACUGACAGUUAAUCUUAGCUCCACCUUUUUUGUUAUGACACCUCUGUAUCCAAGUAAAACUAAUGCUUCUGCAGCUACAAGCAUCAUUAAUGAACCAAAUAAAACCCAAGAGCUUCUGUCUCUGUGUUCUUUGA